AUGCUGAUCGAAUGCACCAGGAUAUUCAACGCUGAGCUUGCCCUACCCGCACAGGGGUAUCAGGCACUCCUCACCUACCCUCCUACAAACUCCAAUUUUCAACUGGCGAUGUACCAGCUUUCCCUCGUCCGUGCGGCUGCGUUGGCGCAGAUCGACAAAGACGAGGAAUACGCACUAGAAUGUGCCGAUAUUGCGCGCGAGGACGAGCGCAGAGUCAUAGAAGAGGAAUGGAAGAAGGGAAGAGAGGACGCAAGACAGCGGAUGAUCGCUGGCCUUGGGGAAGGACGGAGAAAAGCCAAGGAGGAACUCGAAGCGCAGGAUAUUGCUGCGGGUCAACCGCGUCAAACGCGCAAACUCCGUGGUCAGGCUGGUUCUGGACCGCCUUCACCACCGAGUGAGCCAACCACGGGGAAGGAAACGGUCCCCGUUACGCUCCCGAAGGAGAUGAACCAUGCGCAAGCGAUCCUCGGACUCUCCGGUCCUCCGGAGACGAACGCUCUCUCCCUAACCAGCGGGAUCCCGUCAAAGUACACCAUGCCUCUGUCCAACGGGCGAGAGAAUAAGAAAGCCAAAGGGUCCCAAGCGGGGGCGAACGGCCGCUGGUCCCUCGGGAAAGCGGUGCCCUCGCUGGAUAAGAAGAACGAGGGCGAGAUCGAGGCAGAUAUGGCGAUGAUCCGGAAUGGGGGGAAGAAGAGGCGUGUGGUGGCUGAGAAGGACCGGAUGGGGAGUACGACGGGUGGAGGGGAGCGGUAG